AUUCAAAACAUAGACUAGGCCUAGGCCUAAGUAUAUUUAGAUUAAUGUGCUAUAAAUAAUUCUCCCUUAAUUAUUAUCAUUGAAGUUAUUUUCUUAUGAACUAAUGGAUAAAAGAUAUAUUUUAAAUCACUAUUAUAUCAAAAUAUAUUUUAAAUAGCUUUGGUUUCCCCGGAUAUUUUCAAUGCGGGAAAUACAAAAUGUCGGAUAAGCGGUCGUUGUAUCGAGCGGCUCCAGCUGAAGACAGCAACAAGGAAAAGAGGCGAUCACUUAGCCAAGGAAGGUUGGUAAGCAAGCCAGCAUUAGCUGAUAGCCUGACUGUGUACGCUUGUCCGGGGGAGUACACUGCUAUACGUGAAAGCUAUGGAGAUGGUGAUGCUUCUGUCAUCUUGCCUCAUGAGGGCGCUGUACCAAUUAUGACUAUUGGUACCCCUCCAAGGCAGAUAUUAAGCAGUCUAUCCAACUUGUCCAGAACAUCUAACGAUGUGGCUAGUAAUCCUAGAAAGUUUCCUAGUGGCAGGUACUUCACUUCAUCCAGCCAGAACAUGACGCCUUCCUCCCCUUCGAAACCUAGGCCUACUCAUACAUUGGACUUGUCUGAUUCCGACCCUGAAAUCACUUUCCAGACGAGAUACCAGGGUUCGGAAGCUGUGUUUUCUCCAGUGCAGUUAGUGGAUGCUAGUGGAAGUAGAAGAGAUCCGAGCAUGGCUGAGGUUGACAUUAAAACUGAUAUUAUUCGGUCACCGGUAAAAGUAGUUUGUCAUGCCCCAACGGUUAUAGACAGUGAUCUCAGGAACAGUGGUUCUGUUGCAAAUACAGCAAGGAUUGCAGUUGACUCGGUGCCUUCAAUGAGCCUGCUCGGUGACCUUGAUGUCACCCAAGCUGGCGCUGGUAAGCUUGCAGGUCAAGAAGCAUUUUCUGGACGGCACAAGCAGCCAAUGGUCAUCAGGGAAAAAGCGACAUCCAUCACUGACAGUGAAUCAAUAAUGGAAGAAAUUGAGGCGGAAAUAUCGCGAUUAGAGAAAUCCAAGCUGAUUAUACCAAAAACGCCUGCAGAAAAACCAAGUGAAGCUGAAUUUAUGAAAGAGAAGAAAAAGAAACCAAAAGGACGAGUUGUCCAAUCAAGGUAUAAGCAGCCAACGAGUAAAGCAAACGAAAGCCAGUUUCAAAUCAGCUCACAUAAAAAACACCAAGGCUCAACAAAGAAGGCAGAUGUGUCCAGAAAAAUGUCAUCAACUAGUAAAGCAAAAGCAGGCCCACAGUCAGCCACAAAAAGGACUGUAAGAAUUGAUGAUGUUGCUAGGCAACUGAAGAGCUUCAAUGACUCCCAUCAGACAUCAAUUUCUAAGGAUGUCAAGGAAUCACACCAGAGGACAUCCAGAAGACAUCACAUCAGUGACUCAGAUCAGCUAACAUCCAAGAAUCAUCGUAACACUAGUGAUUCUCAGUUCUGCUACACACCAAUGGCUCGAGGGUCACAAACAGCUGGUGGAGCGACCUCUACCCCAGCUGGUUCUUUUGCGAAGAUGCCUGUGAUGCUGGAAGAGUCUAUUAUUGCACAGGCAGAUGCCUCCAUUAUUAACCAGUCAUCCAUAACAAGUGUAUCCCACAAUGCAACACAGAGGUCAUCCAAGGAAAAGCAUGAUGUUGAAAUUAGCCAGGCCUACUUGGAUAAGAUGUAUGACCAAUACCUACAAUGGAUAUUCCUUGACUCCAAAGCACGCAAAGCCUAUAAUGAACAGGAGAAAGAAGUCAUGUCUCAGUUUUAUGGAUUAUGGAUGGAAAAUGAAAAGAUAAGGAAACGCCAAUUUGCAUUGAAGCUUGAACUCGAGCGAGUAAAGCACAACAAUCGACUUGACCAACAUCUGGACAUACAGCGCCAAGGGCUAGGCCCAGUUGUAACCCACCUCAAGAAGUUUCAAGAGCAGUACAGGACUUUGGCCCAUGGAGUAGACACUACAAGACACCAGCUGCCUACCACUGGUAUAAUAAUACCUGAAAAUGAAGAGGAAUACCAAGAUGCAUUACAAAGAGCCCUCAAUGAAAGCCAGCAGUUGUUGGGUGAGAUAAGUCUCAUAACUAGUUGCCAACAAACAAACAUUACCAGCCUUGCCAAUGCAUCACAAAUGCUUGAGAAGGCAGUAGAAAAUGAACUCAAGGAAUUAUCCAGAUGUCAAGAACUUCUGACAAGUACCACAAAGCUAGCAACACAAGAAAGUUCCAUCAAGAUGCAACAGAUCCAGCAGAGGGGGUAUGCACAUUAAAGUGAUUCAAAACAAGCAGAUAAACAAUGAAGAGUUUUUUAACCUGACAAUUUCUCAUCCAAAACAACAUCCUAAGAUAAUGUUCCAAUCUUUGUUUUUCUAUUGUUCUGAAGUAGAUGUACAUUACAGCAUAAUAAAAGUGUGUGGAUGUUGAGCUUUGACAAUUCCCUCACUCUAAAUAUGACCAAUAAAAAGUAUUUAUUUUUUUGUAUGCAGAUAAGAAUAAAAUCAACCAAGUUGAUUCACAUUCAAAAAGGCAAAUUCCUACUGAAAGAGAAGGCAUACUUAACAGUUGAUUGAUACAAUUAUACUAUACUGUAAAAAUUUCAGAAAGCAUUCAGAGACCAUUAAUUCAAAUACAAUGGAAAAAAUAUAACCCAUCUGUCUGAUUACAUACAGUAACUCCACUAAGGACCUUGUAAAACACAGAGAUCCAAUUGACACACUCUGAGAUGUCACAAGGGUUAAUUUGUGACACAAAUGAUUCGGAUGAACAAAAUAGGUGUUCUAAUUCGUUUAUUGCUUCAAUCUUGUAGUUAAACUUGACUAUUUUUCAUCUGUCUGUCUGUCUUUUGACUAAACAAAACAUAACAUAUAUACUAUUUGAUGCUUAUGAUGCUUUUGCAAUAAAGGAAGGUAUUCCUUCCUCCAACACGUCCAGAAGAUCGAUGAAAGAUAUUGGACUUGAAGCCAUCUACGUUUACUGUACGCUUCUAACUCACCCACUGAAGCUGUUGAAGCCAUGUACGUUUACUGUACGCUUCUAACUCACUUACUGGAGCUGUUGAACCCUUUCUCAUUAAAAGUAGGUGAUUAGUUGUCAAGGGGUUGACAAGAUAUAUCGGUGAGGGGCCUUGAAUUAAGAAUAUUCUCCGCCUCGACUAAUACGGUAUGCAACACCUCACUGUUAACUGCCUGCUGUUUUAGGACACAAAAUUCUUCUGACUGACCUUAUUAGUCUCUCCCAAGUGCCUGCCACGAAAUGGCUGGCGGAGGGAGAAUUAAAAUGCCAUUCACACCCUCUUGUAUGGAGAGCUUCUUCUAUGGUUGUUUGACGCAUCCUAACCAAUGCCUGUCUUACUUCCUGUUCGCCGGCUAUGAAUUUUGUGCCGUUGUCCUCUUCAAGCCACACACUGGCGGCAUGCGUUAAUGAAUAAAUCUGCAUCCACAGAAUCGGCCACUUCUAGACUCUCAGCUCUCCUCGCCAAACAUGUGAAUAUGCAUCCAUAACGUUUGACAUUUGAUUGGCCUUGCUUGACCUCGAUGGGGCCAAAGUAUUUGACUCCUAUAAAGAUUAAAGAAAGCUCAUCAGCAUAAUGCUUCCUACAUGCAACACAAUUCCAUAAAGUCCUUUGACUACAGACUUACCUUUCAUAAUCCAGAAUUUUUCAUGAAGUGCGUUUAGGGUUACUGACCAACCACUGUCUCAAACUUACCACAUCCCUACAAUGAGGGAGAAUUUGAGCAUUGCUCAAUCUGCCUUCAACACUCAGAUGGUUGCCUUGAACUAUAGGUCUCAAUCUCUGGUCUCGUUGCCAAUUUGGAAAGAUUUGUUUCUAUUCCCAUGACAAUACAUGAUUGAAAGAAGGGCCCAAGUCCGUUCAAAAUGAAUUUGAGAAAAUGUUAAAAAAUAUUUAUUUCUGCAUUGCUUUAAGAUGUGCAAUUCUGCACUGUAUAUAGUAGCCCGGGGCACCUAAAUCCACAUAUAAAACUACAUGUUACAUGAUCUUAUAUAUUUUGUACGUUGUACAUGUCAAACAGGUCUUGACCACCAUAGUAAUGGGGGGGGGGGGUCUUUUUCAAUCUGAGUGGAACUUUUGGGGUCCAGGGGUUCUUGAAAAAUGUUGAAAACCAUUCCAAAUGCUCUUCUGGUGUUUUUGAGCUGCUUUCAAAUGAAUUUAUACAAUUUUCGUGAAUUAAAACUGAAUCAAUUUGAUAUGUGGAAAUAUUGAAGAAUCGGCAGUAGGCUAUACCAUGCAAUAUUGUUAGUAGAUGAAAUGUAGUAGGAAGUCUACAGAUACGAUCAUAUCACAUACAUCAUCAUCAUCAUCAUCUUCUUUGUUUACUGUGCACAAUGUCUUUUGAGUAUAGUCGCACAUAAAAACUACCAUGCAUGUCAUAGGCUUAUAAGGCCAAGGCACACAUUGACACUAAGGAGCAGGACUCCCUAUUCUGUGGGGGAUCGUUUGAUCCCCCUGGUUACAGGCCUGCUAAUGUUGGGGGGUGGGCAACGAAAAAAAUUUCUAAUCUUUUCAACCACUUCAUAAAAUGAGGUCGUUUAUGCAGCUGCUCAUUCAGCGAUGUCCCAGCAUACUUGGCUGCGCAGUCGUACACAACUCUAACCUUUCUUCUUGUAGGGGUGCAUCACUGGGUGGUGUGGAAGAUACCAUCCAUUAACUUUACUCCCUCAUUGGGUACUGGUUCAGCAUACCCCUUCUGGAUAUACCUUCGAUGACAUCAGUAUACAGUCUUCUCUUUAAAAAUGCUAAUCUGGACUCAUACUAGAAUUUCACAAAUCAUCUCUGACGGACAGAUAGAUGGAAAGUAGUCAAGUUUAACCAUGAGAUUGAAAGCAGUAAAUGAAUUAGAACAACUAGUUUGUGCGUCCGAGUCGUUUGUGUGACGUGUUAAUCCUGGUGACACCCCAGAGUUCGUGAAUUGAAUCUCUGCAUUCUACAGACUUAAUGACCCAAAUACCCCAUAAUCAAAACUAUGUAUAAGGGUAGGGACAUUACGCUGCUCCAUGAAGGACCUAACAACCUGCAUUAGCCCAACCUAAUCCAUCAAGGUGUAGGGAUGUUAUGAAAUGUAAUUUUUGGAUCGACUCUUGUGGUUAAUAUUUAGUUGGACUAAAAUAAAAUCACAAAAAUAUAUAUUUUUCAAUGUAAAACACUGCAAAUUGUAAUAUAUUAGUGUACUGAAAAUUUAUAAUAAAACACAAUAUGUUUGAA